CGCGAACCUCGCUUGAGACGUCCGCGUUCAUCAUCAGAGCAUCGCAUACAGAAUCUGUUCCCGUUGGCUUGUCCCCAGAAACAAAUCAAGUCGCUUUCCGUAGUAGCUUCAAAAGCUCCAAUCUUGGCCAUGACUUUCUUCUCGCCAGCUCCAUACCACAUCCUGAGGUACGUAGGCCGUCCAUCCUUCCUCGCCUCUCUCAUCACCAAGGCUUAACCACCGGUCACCUCCUGCUUGUUCCAGCUACGGCGCUCUCCUUGGAACGACAUUUUUCCACGUAAUGCCCUUUGACCCGUCCCUCUCUCCCAGUCUCAACCCGAUCCCACCUAACGACGAACCUAGACCUUCGUAGGAGGCAUAAUCUCCUUCCAAGUCCUCCCGCGGCCCCAAUUCGGCGCGCUCAUGGCCAAGAUCUUCCCCGUUUACUUCACCCUGCAGGCGGCGCUGCCCGCCGUGCUGGCGCUGACCUACCCGGCGAGCCGCAACCCAUUUGGCGUCGCGGGCGGCGUGGCCGGCGUGCUGGAUCCGUCGAACCGGUGGAGCGUGCUGGCGCCACUAGCGGGAGCGUUUGCGUGCGCAGUCGGGAACCUGGCGGUUAUCGGGCCUGCUACGACGAGGGUCAUGGAUGAACGGAGAGUGCAGGAGAGGAAAGACGGCAAGAAGUCCAAUGACGCGCCUCCGCACUCGCAGGAGAUGGUGGCGCUCAACAAGCGCUUCUCCAUGCUGCACGGCAUUUCGUCGCUGCUGAACCUGGCGACGUUCGUCGGGACGGUCGUGUACGGCUUCACGCUCUCCUCCCGGCUGUCGUAAAAAUUCCAGAAGACUUGUCUGCACAGCCCCCGGUGGUUAUUCCCCUAUCCUAUGCCUAUGCUAGUGCGAAAGAAUGAGGAAUUACAAAUUCCAUACAGAGAGCGAUGUGGCCGACAUCCGCCGUGUCCCGUCUCUUGUUAUCAGAAAUAGAAAAUUCGAAGAAAAAACGCCUCCAGAUGUUUCGGUUCUG